AUGGAUAAACAAGAUGAUGCUGAAACACCUCUUUUACGGCCACGCCUUCCAGCUUGGUGGCGUGUACUACCGUCACUGAUGCUUUUAAUGAUGAUCAGCACAAUUGAUAGUUUAAUUCUAAAUGAUUUUAUUGAAUAUCGUUAUACAAAUUUAUAUAAAUUGAAUUCAUCAACAUCAGAAAAUACACGAGAAUUAUGUUUGAAUGCAACGCGAACAAUUCAUAAUUCAAGUGCUGCUAUAUCGACAACAACAUCGAUAUAUCCCAUAUCGACAACCAUGUCAUGGAACACUAUCAUUCAAUCGGCAACAGCACGCUUAAAUGUCUACAUAUCACUUGCAGCGACCAUACCUACUAUUUUGACGUCCAUUUUAUUCGGUUCCAAUUGUGAUCAGAUUGGACGAAAACCUUUAAUUGUUUUGCCAUACGUUGGAAAGAUCAUUCGGUAUAUUAUCUUAACAGCUGUUGCUUAUUAUGAUCUUUCCAAUCUUUGGAUUAUUUUAUCUGUUAUGUUUGAUGGACUUUUUGGUACAGCAGCUUUGAAUAUAUUGAGUGCGUUUGCCUAUGUCACAGAUUGCACGACAGAAAAAACGCGUACAGCUGGUAUUAUCAUUACUGAUGUGUCUAUUGGCUGUAGUCGUUUUAUUCCAUUGCUUACUAUCGGAAUUUAUCUGCAACAACCAAAAUUCAUUCAAUCGAUGACCAUCACAUUGAUCUUGAGUCUGAUUGGUUUGAUCUUUUCUGUUGUUUUACAGCCGGAAUCGAAUUUAGAUGUUCAACACUUGAAUUUCUUUCAACAAUUAAAGCGUGUUAAACUCAAUCUGAUCAAAAAUGUCUUUCGCGUGUUUUUCGUUAAACGCUCCGAACAUCAACAAAGAUCAUUAUUAUUUUUAGUCGUCAUACACCUUUUGAUCGUCGUUAUGGUCAUGGGCAAUAUGUCUGUGAUCUAUCUUUUUCUAUACGGUGCACCAUUCUGUUUGGAUUCAUUCGGUGUCAGUUUAAACAGCGUUGCACAAACUGUUUCUGUCGUUCUCUUAACAAUUCCAUUCACAUUAACGAUCGCUAAACGUUCAGAUCACUUAAUUCUUCCUGCACUGGGUUGUCUCGCUUACAUGAUCCAGUUGGUUUUAUUCGGUAUUGCACAAAGAAUAUGGAUCCUGUAUGUUGCUGUAUGUAUCGGUGCAUGGUACAGUGUUCUAGUACCGGUUGUUCGUUCACGUAUAACAAAAUUAGUUGAGCCAACCGAGUAUGCCGUGGUAUUUAUACUUGCCAGCGUCUUUGAGUCAGGUGGUUACUAUGCAAUUAGCGCUCUGGCAAAUGAAAUUUAUCGGGAAUCAUUAACAUUUUAUCCAGGUCUUGUUUACUUUGUAUUCGCAACUGUUGGCGUUGUGGCAAUUCUUUUGAUACUAAUUUUAUAUAUCCUGGAGUAUCAAGCAGCACCGAAACGCAAGCUUUUAAAUUUGAAUGACUGA